UUGAAAACCACGUGCUAGUUCUAGAAUUCUCUGUGUUAGGUUCUCAAUUUUCUCGACUUUUGAGUGUGUUAUCAUGCCUCGCGCUAACAAAUUGCCGAAAUAUGCCCUUUUUGAUUUUAAUGAUGGGUCUGUGGAAACAGGGACAAGUAGUCUGAUUGACGUGGAGUGUGAUGGUGAUGGAACAUCAGACAGAAAUUUCCCGUAUGAUGUGUCUCAUUUUGUUUUCUGGCCGCAUCGGCCAUCUAAAAAUGCUGAAGAAGAAGAAAUAGUGAAACUAAAGCAAUGUGCCAAAAUUCUUCUUUUUGGUAAUGACUUGAUUCAACUAAAACACUAUCGUGAUCAGCUCGCCGAUGAAAUUCUGCCAGUUGCAAGUUUUGGGAAGAUCAGAGAAAAAAUCUGGGAGAAAACUGACAAACCUGACGAGAAAAUUAAUGGCCAGAUUCAGAUAGCCCUAGGUAGUGGGGAACGCCAGUCUAAGAGAUUAAAGGAAAAAAAGUAUUCGAGUGAAGAAACCAGAGACACAAGUAAACCAAAAACAGCAAAGCAAUCUGUGGUGAGAAAAACAGGCGUGAAAAAGAAGCAUGACAUCCAAAAAAGCGAAGACACCUUGAAAAAAAUUACGGAGCAGAAGGCUCUUUUCGACAAUUUUGAUGAGAAGCCUAGCGACCACACAUUCCAAGAGCCAGUCAAAAGAAAGAGAACUAGUGAAUUUUCGGGAGAAUCGACAGCCACAACGCAAUUAGAAACUGAUGGUGUCCGUUCAGCAGGCAGGGCUGGCAGCGAAGUAAACAAAUUCAUUUCGUCUCCAAAAACUCGAAAAUUGUCAUCGUCUUCUGCAUUUUCGCCUGCGACGAGUGACGAAGAAAGCUCUGAUGGCCCUGAAAAGAAAUCCAUUUCUUAAGUCUAGAACAAAUAAUUCCGCACGCGUGAAAACCUUACUAUUUUACGGCGCGAAAGCUUUCUACAUCUUUUUUUUACUUUCUUUUCCGUCGAUCUUCACGUGUCCCGUUUUUUCCGAUUCUGAAACUUGUGUCAUGUGGCACAUUAGCCAAGAAUAUAACCUUUUCACGUCGCUCUUUCGUAUAGAAAUGCUGCUUUAUCGACAUCAGCGUUUGAGGUUGGAGGUUGGAGGUUGAGGUUGGAGGCCUUGAAAGCCGAAAUGAAUCAAAAGUCCUCUGACGACAUACAGUCCCUGAAAGAUAAGGUGCGAUAUCUACAAGAGGAAAACGACAACCUUAAAUGCAAGCUGAAGUUCUGCGAAAGUAUACCUUCGCAAUGCGCGUUGUUCUAUAGAACAACGUGCAUUUAUCCUGUUACUCAUUAAUGUUUCCUCAUUAUAACAAAUUUGUUAUUUUCAGAGUUCACCAACGUCAGGACAUGGAUUGACCAAUUCAUCGCAAAACAAAAAGCGAAUAAGCAGCUGUCGUCGUCAUCCGAGUCGUCAUCUGACGUUAUUGCCACUGUCAGCAAAAUCGAUGAGCCCCCUCGCAACUGCAGUGAGGCGGCUAAGUUGGAAUCUAAAAUCGACUUGGAAAACCCAUUGUUUAUCGAGGCUCAAUUUCCAAUAACCGAAAAGGUUAUUGAUAGUAUCCCCUCCAAAAAUAAAAAAUCCGACAAACGCUUUGUCGCUGCUCUUUUACGUCUUAUGUAUCCGGAAGAAUAUCUUGCAACACACACUAUGGGUGCCAACCUCACUGGUAAACCAUCAAUGGAUGAAAAGGAACUAACACAAAUAAUUGACCAAACUCUUAUCUACUUUAACUACAUCAAACUUCCCAAAAAUGAAAAGGACGAAAAGAUUUCCGUUAUUAGAAAAGCCAUCACCACAACUCUGAAUAACAUCAAACAGAAGAAUAGAAAAAAAUAGGUGACAUUAAAACUUAAUUCGAGUUAUGUAUGUGCCCCUUAAAAUACAAGUGAUUUCAC